CGAUGAUGAGUAAGCUCCGCGCGGAAGCCGACGCAGCCUCGCCGCUUCAGGUGGCUGUUGACCUCGUGUACACUACCGACGCCUCGUGUCGCUCGGUUAGGGAGCUGCCGAGCUCGAGCGAUGCACUGGCGACGCGUCUGAUGCCCGCGAACGCGGGAUUUCGAGGAAAUUUGCAGCUGUCCAAAGCAGCCAGUGGUGACGGCUGUGCGCUGUAUCUGACGGUGAAGGGCGCGGUAUCAGCUACCUCCACCGAUUUCCAAAACGGCUUCGAUGUGACACGUAGUGUGCACCAGCAGCUGACGGAGCUACUGAGCGCCAAGUGGAUUGAGAAUGUUAAUCUUGCUCGAGCGGCUGUAGCACUUGACGGCGACAAGCUUCUAGCCGUCUCUUUGACGGCCGAAGACGCGAAUGCGACACCGGAGAGCAUGCUGACUGUGCAACAAGGAGCGUGUACUGAGCUGCUGAACGCUUUAAAAAGAAAAGAUGACGUCGAUCUUCUGCCCAGACAGGUGGAGACUAGUCCGCUGGACGUCAUUAAGCAGACGGAUGCAGAUGAAGCUGCGAGCUGUGCCGUAAGCUUAGAUGUGGCGGGGUAUACCCCACGUUUCAGCUCGGACGCCGAGGCGUUCCAGCUACUCAAGGCGGUGGACGAAAAGAUGGAGAGCUUCUUCACUGGCCAACCCAGUGCGACACUCACCAGUGCCAAUGUGCGACUACAUGUGGCGUCAGUUGUAGCGCAAAAUGUGUCAAUGGAGAUGGAGAGUGAGAACGUGUCGAGCCUUAAGUUCAAUGCUCCAUCGUAUGAGGAGGCGCUGGGCAUUUUUGCCCUCGUUGCGGUCCUUGUGGCCAUGAUGAUGGGCGUCGUCGUUCAGAAGAAGCGUAACGACCAGCGCAGCCGUGAGCGCUAUGACCGUGCUAACCGCGCCGCGCAAAUCCGUCGUGUAUCCAUUCGUAUGAGUCAGUAUGAUCAAGAGAACCAGGAGUACGAAGGCGAAGAAGACAAUCUGCUGUGAGCAUCGCACCCAUUCGUCGCUUGGCAAUUACGAGGAACCAAGAAUGUG